CCCAAAUCAUGGGGGAUAACUUGUUUUGCCAGCUGUCAAAUAAAAUAAAAUGAAUACAGAGAUGGGUUUAGAUGUCUGAUUAUUUACAAUAUGAUGAUAUAUAGUUGCCUUAUUAAUAUUAUGUUAACGUUUUAUGAAGACUAAUUGCACAUUUCCAUACCAUGAAUGGAUGAUCACACAACUUCAUUUGUUUACACCCACAACUCCGCUACUUGAACAAUGACUGCAGCUGAGAAGAAAAUACGAGAGUUGGAAGCCACUGCCCAUGUUCAACUGGUCAAACUGAAGACCUCGAUGAAACCCAAAGCAGAGAAUCUUAAAAAAUCUCUCACUUCAGUGUCCUUCCUUACACUUGCCGUCAAAACGUUGGCACUUGUCUUGUUCUACUAUGCCUUUUCUAUUGGGCUUACCUUCUAUAAUCAGCGUUUUAUCAAGCACUGGAAUUACCCUCUCUCAUUAACAAUGGCCCACCUGGUUGUGAAGUUCAUGAUAUCAGCUCUCAUGAGGAACCUGAUAGAGUGCAAGACUGGCAAACCUCGUGUAAUACUUCCCUGGGGUGUAUACUGCAAGAGAGUGGCUCCCGCAGGAAUCACAAGUGCCUUAGACAUUGGCCUAUCCAACUGGAGUUUUGAAUUCAUUACUGUUUCAUUAUACACCAUGUCCAAAUCUACGGCUGUGAUAUUCAUUCUAUUUUUUGCAUUGAUAAUGCGGCUAGAAAAAUGGCGCUGGUCACUUGUGGUGGUUGUGCUGUUCAUCGCCACGGGUCUGUUCAUGUUCACCUACCAUUCCACACAGUUCAACGCGGAGGGGUUCGCCAUGGUGAUGACUGCCUCACUGCUGUCUGGACUGCGCUGGACACUGGCCCAGGUCGUCAUGCAGAAAAAUGAGCUCGGUCUACACAACCCACUAGACACCAUGUACCACAUUCAGCCUUGGAUGAUUGUAGGCCUCAUUCCAUUGUCCGCAGGAUUUGAAGGCAUACCAUUGUCAACGACUGACCAAUUUUUCCGGUUCAGUGAGUACGGCGUUCUACUGCGCAACUGCGGCCUGGUGUUAUUGGGAGCCCUACUGGCCUUUAUGCUUGAGUUUUCAGAGUAUCUCCUUCUGUCACAGACCUCCAGUCUCACACUGUCCAUCUCAGGGAUUUUCAAGGAGGUGUGCACGUUGUACAUUGCUCACAAAGUCAAUGGGGACAUGAUGAACAUGGUGAACGGCAUUGGGCUGAUUGUGUGCCUUGUAGGGAUAACUCUGCAUGUAGUUAUAAAGGCAGUCAAUAACAGAGAAAAAUCCUUAUCUUCGCCAUUGCGAGAGGACAGUAUACAAAUGCUGAAGAUGGAUAACACUGCAAAUAUCAGCGACGAUGAAGAGGAAGAAAUAUACAGUGUCAAGGAAAGAUAACUUACAAACUGAAACGUGCAAUUGAUUUAUAUUUAUGAGCCCUACUUUGGGAAAACCGGUCUUCAUACAUGUGCAUCAAGUGUCAUUCCAGGUUAGCCUGUGCAGUAAUCACAGGCUAUUCAGUGACAACACUUUCCACUUUAGUUGUAUUUUUUGUGAGUCUCUGCAUAGCUAAAAUCCAGUUUAGGUGGAAAGUGUCACCCUUGAUUAGCCUGUGCGGACUUCUUAUGCUUAUCUGGGACGACACUUUACCCACAUGCAUGAAACCUCAUUUUUCCAAAGUGAGGCUCAUUUUUAGCUCGGCUGUUUUCGGAGAAAACCCGAGGUAUUAUCAUAGCCAGCUCGUCGUCCACCGUCAGCCGUUCGCCGUAGGCGUCGUGCUAAAACCUUAACAUUGGCUCUAAUAUCAAAGUGCUUCCACCUACAACUUUGAAACUUCAUAUGUAGAUGCACCUUGAUGAGAUCUACACGCCACAGCCAUUUUUGGGUCACUAGUUCAAAGGUCAAGGUCACUGUUACCUCUAAAAAAAAAAAACGAUCUGACAAGCUUUCGCAGCCGAGCGU